AUGGGCCUCUCGCAGUCCGUCCCCGCCGCCAACGAGGCGGUCGUCGCUGCCGUCGCCGGCGGCGCUCUGCUGCUCCUUCUGCUCCGCCGCCGCAAGCCGGCCGCGGACGAGCCGGAGUCUCGCGCUGAAGUGGCGGCGCUCUACAUUCACCCCGUCAAGUCGUGCGCGCCGGUGCAGCUGGACGCGGCGUCGCUCGACCGGCUGGGCUUCGUGGACGACCGGCGGCUGAUGGUCGUGAGUGCCGAGCCGCUCGGCGGCAACCACUCCUUUGUCACGCAGCGGCAGGAGCCGCGGCUCUGCCUGGUGAGGGCCGAGCUCAGCGCAGAGGUAGUGCGCCUCUCGGCGCCGGGGAAGCCGCUGCUCGCCGUGCCGCUGCGACCGCCGCACCCGCAGUCCGAGCUGCGCGUGCGCGUCUGGUCCGACACCGGCCUGCGAGCCGUCGACCUCGGCGAGGCGGCGGCCGCAUGGCUCUCCUCCUUCCUCGGCGCCGACGAGGAGCCCCACCGGCGGGUGCGGCUCGUCUCGUGCGCCUCCUCCUCCUUCUCCCGCCCGCUCGACGCGCGCUACGCGCCACUCGCGCUGCGCUGGGCGUGGGGCGGGCCGCAGGUGGGCUUCGCAGACGGGUUCCCGCUGCUGCUCAUCAGCACCGCCUCGCUCGAGGCGCUCAACGGCUCGCUCAGCGCCAUGGCCGAGCCGAUGCCGAUGGGACGCUUCCGGCCGAACAUUGUCGCCGCGGGCUGCGAGGACACGUGGCGCCGGAUCCGGAUCGGCGACAUGGUCUUCCGCGUCGUCAAGGGCUGCUCCCGCUGCAAGAUCACGACGACGGACCAGGCGACGGGCGAGCAGGGGUCGCUGGUCGGGGCGGACGGGGCGCCGGAGCCGCUCUCGGCGUUGAGGGCGGCGGGCCGCGGCGUCGGGUCGGAGGUCUACUUUGGGCAGAACCUGGCGCACGAGCGGCCUCCGCCGCGCCAUGUUGCAUUCGACGAUCACACAUGCUGUCGUGUUCUGUUGAAGGUGCACGAGUGGCCUCUGCCGCUGCUCGAGCGUGCGGCGCGCUGGCUGCGGGGCGAGCCGCAGCUGCCCGUGGUGUGCGCCGGCGACCGGAUCGAGGCGCGGCGUCAGGAGAGCGGGGGCGGGGCGGGCGAGGCGGCACGCUGCUGA